AUGGUUUCAUUUCUGUUCUUCAGGAAGGCUCAAAGAAGCAUAGAUAUUGAAGUCGAUGAAUCAUAGCUAACUCCAUCAGAUUAUACUAUUUGCGUUAAGAAUAUUCCAAAUUUAAAUCAGGAUUACAAGGAAGUGUUGAAGAAUAUAUUUUAGAAUUAUGCUGCUGAUGGAAGGGAAUUAACUGUGACUAAGAUUGUAUUGGUGUAUAAUUUAGACGAAGUAAUCGAAUUGGAGGAAUCAUUAAAAGAAAUGAUAAGGGAGAAAUAGGAGUAUUUAUUGGAGAAUGGGAUGAAUUUUGCAGAUUUCAAAGUUAAGUAGUUGGAUGAGAAGCUAGAGUCUUUGGAAUAGAAGAUUCAUUAGAAAGAACAUGAACUUUUUAUUAAUAAAGAUAAGUUUGCAGGAAUAGCAUUUAUAAGUUUUUUGACUGAAGAAAUGAAGUAGUUGGUAUUGUAACAUAAUCCUCAUACAUCAUGGGAGAGAAUCAAGGCAUUUUUUAAUAAUGGAUUGACAGGGGAUGUAAAAGAAAAGGGUUUGAUUUUUGAGGGACAUAAAUUAUAUGUAGAAGAAGCACCAGAACCUAAUGAUGUAGAUUGGGAAUUCAUUCAUAUCUAAACCGGAUAGAAAGUGAAGGCACGUGUUAUUGCAUGGUCAAUAUCUAUAAGUUUUAUGGCUGGUUGUUUCUUUUUAAUUUGGUUUUUGAGUGAGUUGGCAGAGAGAAUGAAUGAGUAAGUGGAAGAAUAAGAGAAAAAGGGUAUUAAGGACUCAUUGACUUAGACAAUAGCAUUUUUAACAAGUUAGUCUAUUUCUUGGACUGUCGUAUUUUUUAAUAAGUUUGUAAUUGGAAAGGUGUAUCAUUUAAUAGUUGAUUUGGAGAAAAUAUCAAAUAAGACUAAAUUCAAUAUCAGUUUUGCUAGAAAACAGUCAGUUGCUUUGUUUAUUAAUACUGCUUUAAUAUCAUUGGUGAUAGAUUUCUAUUUGACAGGGAAUGUAAUUGGUAAAGGUGGUUUUAUUUAUAAUGAAUCUAAUGUGUUCUUACUUAAUGCAUUUAUUCCACCUAUUGUUUGGUUUGUGGACCCUUGGAGUAUCUAGAAGGAUUAUCAAAGGUAGAAAUAAUAGAAGAAUGUAAAGAAUUGUGUGUUGACUCAACAAGAGGCAAAUGACAAUUAUGGAAAUGCCUGA